AUGCAAGAAAGAACCUCCAGCGACAUCUGGUACCAUUUCACCAGAGAAAAGGUAAAGAGCGUAUGUCGGUACUGCAAGGCGACAAUUUCCAUGUCUUCAGGCUCCACGUCGAACUUAAAGCGUCACAUGAAUGGAAAGCAUCCGUUUGUUCCAUUGAACAGAGGAGAUACUAGGGCGGUGCAAACUGUGCCAUCAGCUGUUGCUGAUAAGGAUGGCGAUGCUGUUACGAGUCAGGAUAUUGAAAACAGAGAAACAGUGCAAGAGCUUCGCAUGGGUGAGGCUGUCGAACAAGUUUUUCCGACAACUUCUUCCCAGCCUCCGCAAUCGUCAAUGAUGCGUUUUGUUAAUGUGAUAAAACGAUUGCCGGUUCAAAAAAGUAGAACGAUUGAUGUGCAGCUGCUUAAAAUGAUAUGUAAAGAAUAUCACCCAUUUUCACUAGUCGAGAAUAAAGAGUUCGUAAGAUUUGUGGAGCACCUGAACCCAUCGUAUACCCUUCCCAGUCGCAAAACUUUGUCUAACAUUUUACUGCCUGCUGUGCAUAAAGAAUUGUUUGAGAAAGUGAAGAGCGAGUUAAUCGAUAGGCAAGCAAUAUGCUUGACCAGCGAUGGAUGGACAAGUGUUACAAAUACCGGUUUCUACGCAUUAACUGCCCAUUUCAUUGACAAAAACGGAGAAAUGAAGUCAUAUCUCCUCGAAUGCUCCGAAUUCACUUCUAAGCACACGGCAGAAAACAUUGCAGAAUGGAUUUCGAACGUUCUCCGAAAGUUUGAAAUUGAGUACAAAAUUACCGCAAUUGUUACAGAUAACGCAUCGAAUAUGCGGGCGACUGCCAACAUUUUGAAAAUUAGGCAUGUUAGAUGUUUCGCUCAUUCGCUUAAUCUGGUUGUUCAGAAUGCCAUUGCUAAUUCGGUUGCAGAAGUAGUUGAAAAAUGCAAAGGCAUAGUUCAGUUCUUCAAGAAAAGUAGUCAUGCUUCCGCUAAAUUGCGCGAAAUGCAAGUGAAGCUGGGUCAAACAGAGUUGAAGCUCAAGCAGGAUGUAGUUACUCGCUGGAAUUCCCCAUUCGAUAUGUUGGAACGUUUGAUACGUAGUAAGGAAGCAAUAGUGUCUACACUUGCCUUACUAGAUUCGUCGCGAUGCGCAUUGGAAACUGAUGAUUGGGAAAUAAUACGCCAAAGCAUGGAAGUUUUUCGACCGUUCAAUGAUGUAACUACUGAGAUUUCGUCAGAGAAAACGAUGUCACUUUCGAAAACAACAGUUAUGGCACGAUUACUGAGUAGGCAAUUACGUUACUCAGAUUCUGCUUUCUCGCAAGUAAAAAAACUAAUAACUGAAUUGGGAGAGGGUCUAAACGCACGGUUUGGUGAGAGAGAAUCGAACGAGUUGAUUUCUCAUGCUAUUCUCCUUGAUCCACGCUUUCGGAAACAGGGCUUUGGUGACGACCAAAAAUACAGAGUAGCUUACCAAACUCUGAUACAAAAAAUACGGCAGCUUCCCUCAGCCUCAAACGAAGGACCACAGCUCGUGGAACAGGAACCGCAAAGCUCAACGACUCAUUCAACUCUUUGGGAACAGUUCGAUGAAACGGUUAGCAGACUGCAGGGAAAAUCUGAUCCGACAUCGGCUAGCAUUGUAGAGCUAGAUAAAUUUUUGGCUGAGCCAUACUUGCAUCGAACUGGUGACCCACUGGCUUGGUGGGAGACGAGAAAGCAUGUGUACCCAAAACUCCACCAAAUAAUGCUGCGAAGAUUAUGUAUUCCUGCAACAUCGGUGCCUUGUGAAAGAAUAUUUUCCAAAACAGGACAGCUGGUGACGGAAAAACGAAGCAGAUUAAGCAGUAAACACAUUGCUGAAAUGAUUUUUGUUAACGCCAAUGCGAUUUAA